AUGUCGGACUCCCCUCCAAAGAAUGAGCAGGAGACAGAGCAAGGUGCACAAUCAGGCGAGGAGCCGGAUCAGAUGGACAGAGAACAAGAAGGAGCUCAGCAAGGUCUCGGCGAUUUCGAGGUCAAAGAACAGGAUCGAUGGCUUCCCAUCGCAAAUGUGGCUCGCAUCAUGAAGACGGCUCUCCCAGAGAACGCCAAGAUAGCCAAAGAAGCCAAAGAAUGCAUGCAAGAAUGCGUCAGCGAGUUCAUCUCAUUCAUCACCAGCGAGGCGUCGGAAAAAUGCCAGCAGGAAAAGCGCAAGACGGUGAACGGCGAAGACAUCCUUUUUGCGAUGACGUCGUUAGGCUUCGAGAACUACGCCGAAGCAUUGAAAAUCUAUCUUGCAAAAUAUCGCGAAACCCAAUCCGCAAGGGGGGAGAACCAGAACAGACCUACCAGCAGCGGCGCCGGGGGCGGAUACGCAGCAGGGGGCCCUGUCGGCGGCGCCCCUGGCAACUCCGCAGCAACCCAACCCUCAGUCUUCAGUGCUGGGCAACCCGAGACAGCUGGGACCAUAUUGAGCCCGACACAUGGUCUGGAUACAUCCGAGCACGACGCCACAGGGCCAUACGUCUACCCCGGAAUGGUCUCGACGGGCCACAACGGUACCGGUGCCGAGUCGUAUUAG